AUGUCAGAUCUAGGCGCGUCGCUCAGGAGACGGAAAUUGGCGCUGGAGGCCAAGUAUGGCAUUGGACAUGCGAAGAAUAAGAAGCGGGCGAGCGGAAUGAACUUGAUCACUAAUGAAGAUGCGGACUCAACUUUCUUCGGCUCUCUUGCCGUGGGGACACCGCCUGUUUCAUUUGAUAUCAUCCUCGAUACGGGUUCUUCAGACUUGUGGCUCGCAUCUGAGACCACCAGCGGCACCUCUGAUAUUCCCAAUGGCAUAACCACGUUCAAUCCCUCCUCUUCCUCCACCUUCAAGGACCUCAACAAGACGUUCUCGAUUACCUACGAUUCGGGCGAGGCCGAGGGGACCCUCGCACAAGACACUGUACAAAUGGCCGGCUUCAAAGUCACCUCGCAGACGUUCGCGACCGUGAACGAAGUGUCGAACAACGUGUUGUCCGCACCCGUGUCAGGUCUGAUGGGUCUCGCAUGGCAGCAGAUCGCGUCCUCGGGCGCGACGCCGUUUUGGGAGGCCCUCGCGUCGUCGAAUGAUACGCUCACGCAGCCUCUGUUCGCGUUCCAGCUGACACGGUACAACAACGACUCGAGCGUGCAGACCCUGGAGCCCGGAGGCACGUUCACUAUUGGCGCAACGAACGCGAGCUUGUUCACGGGCGACAUUGACUACCAAGAUAUUCCUUCAGGCCAAGUCGGCUACUGGAUACAGCAGCUGAGUGCCAUCACAGUCCAAGGCAACUCUGUCACUUUGCCAUCGGGCUCUUCGUCGUACGCCGCCAUUGACACGGGCACGACGCUCGUUGGCGGGCCUCAGAGCGUGAUUUCCGAGAUUUACGCGCAGAUUCCGGGCAGUGCGGCAGGUACAGGCGAUCUCGAGGGGUACUACACGUACCCCUGCUCGAACACCGUGGAGGUAACGCUGAAGUUCGGAUCAAGCUCGAUAGCCUGGCCCAUCUCGGCCGCGGACUUCGAGUUCACGUCAACAACCGACGGUCAGACGUGCAUUGGCGCCUUCUUUGAGGUCGACAAUUCGGGCACAACAGCGCCUCCGUGGAUUGUCGGCGACACAUUCCUCAAAAAUGUGUACUCAGUUUUCAGCUACAACCCUCCUGCGGUCGGCUUCGCCCGACUCUCCGAUACGGCCCUUGCCAUGAACGGGAAGGCCGCUGCCGCACCUAGCCCGACUAUCGGGUCUGUGGCUGCAGCCGUCAGCGCGACGAGUGUGAGCACCGGCACAGACCGCGUGUCUGGCGCUGCUGUGCCGUCUCUCAGUCGCCCUUGCAUCUCGCUGAUCAGCGUUUUUGCUGCUGCGAUCAUGGGCGCAUUCCUGCUCUGA